GCACAGGGUACGUGGAACGGGACAUUCUUCGUGCAGUCAGAUGUGUUCACCGUAAGAACAUCAUUGUUCACAUCAAUGUUGAUGUCAUAUUUUCAUUUUUUAGCCCUCGAUGAAAGCUUCAACACAUAAAAAACGCAAGUUAUCGACGAAAUUUUUUCCUCGCCGCUUCAAACGCUAUUAACGUCCAGCCGCCAAUAUCAAUAAUCUGGUGUCCGGGUUGCUACAGAAAUCGAUGCUGCCACCGACUGUGUACCUGUACCUGGGCUUGUGGCGACAACCAGUCCAGUUCUGGAAUCUUGACUGUCAACCUAAAGGAAAGUGGCUCACUGUGUGAAACAUCAUUUUAGACAGGUAGACCUAUGGACGGACUGCUAGAAGGAAUAUUGCUGUGGAUUUUGUGCCAGGCUCGAGAAAAUUCGGUCUGAGCCCACCUGACUUCUGCGAUGUCGGUCGGGAGGUGUUUACUUGUUGUGGUUCUGGCACAAGUAUGCGCAGGUGAACUCCAGAAACCGUACCAUGAUUGUCCGCGUUACGUAGCCGAGGGCGCUACUCUCAGCUGCACGUGCUCUGUGGCAGACACUGGAUCUCAGGUGACGUCGUUACUGUGGGUCGGGAUGUCGAGUACGUCACGACUGACCGUUGCCAACGUGACACGCAGAAACAACGGAACGGUUUACACGUGUAGGCUGACACAGGGUGGUCAAACAUCCGAAACCAGCUACACACUACAAGUAGCUUACGGUCCGUUCGAUAACUUGACUUCCAUUGUUCAGUCACCGUCUCCACUACUUACUAACGGGUCCAUGUCCUUAAACUUUACCUGCAUCUGCACUGAAGUCAACCCUGAGCCUUUGUACAGUUGGACCGUUACAUGUGUGAAUCCAGUCCAGGGAAGCAAUGUUUGUGUCUACGUCCCUAAGGUCCCGAAUGAGGACGGCAUACGCGUGGGCUGCUCUGUCAUGUCGCAGUUUUUUGACGGCUUGACACUUCCCAAAACAGCUUAUAGUCUUACGAACAUGAGCUUGCAAUAUCCACCAGCAAUAGCCCCGAAUAUAUCAGUGAGCACUGGACAAUCACUUGCCACGGGAGACAACUUGACUUGCACUGUUACUGGCGGUAAGCCCGUCGUGUCGCGAGUGACUUUCUCUUGCUACAACUUGAGUGUCACCGUCCAGUCCGACAUCAUCAUCACGGACAGCGUGGAUGUCGUGCAGCAGUCGUCUGUGUCCAGUCCACUGACCGUCCCGUCUUCUGGAUCAUCCAGUGUCCGGUGCAUCUGUACUGCAGAGUGGACACCGCAGCCUGACUUGUACAGACUGUCAACAAGUGUCGACCUGCAGCUUUUGUAUCCACCCACUACUGCCCCAGUAAUAGCAGGCUACACACAGGGUCAGGCCAUGGUGUAUGGCGACACGCUCUCCUGCACUGUCUACGGAGGAAAACCAAUUGUCUCACGAGUUACUUUCUCCUGCUUCAACUCUGCGGACCUCUCCCACACCAAUGACGUCAUUUCCGAUCAAAACGACACGGUGGGCGCCUCGUCUGUGUCCAGUCCUCUGUCCAUACCCCGGGCCGUGACCUUUAACAUCACGUGUACCUGUCGGGCUGUGUGGAUGCCCAGACCUGAGCUAUACGCACAAUCUUCCAGCGUAACUAUUCCUAUACAAUAUCCACCAUCUGCUGAACCCGUCAUCUCCGGUUACACACCCAGCCAGGCUUUGGCCCCACAAAGUACCCUGGUCUGCACCGUGUCAGGCGGUCAGCCCCUGGUGUCAGAAGUUAUCUUCUCUUGCUUUAACGUCACCGACCUGACUCGGUCUACCCCGAUUCUUGUUGACCAGACAGACUCCACGAAUGCAUCAUCGGUGUCCAGUUCUUUGACCGUGCCCUUGUUGUUGCUGUCACAGAUAGUUUGCUCAUGUCGGGCAGUCUGGCUCCCACGCCGCGACAUGUACACCCAAAACACUACCGCCACGGUAGCACUGCAGUAUCCACCCAGCACCAGUCCCGUCAUUUCGGGCUACACCCCAGGGGAGACAAAGAUUGCGGGAGACAACCUCAACUGCACAGUGUCAGGCGGAGUGCCUCUAGUGACAAAAGUGAACUUCUCUUGUUUCAACGCCUCUGACACGUCACUAGUGACGCCGGUUGUUGUUGACCAGUUGGACACAGUCUCGGGGUCAGCGGUGUCCAGUCAAGUGACGAUCCCGGGGUCUGGUACGUCCAGCGUGAGCUGUGUUUGCAGUGCUGUGUGGUCCCCAGUGCUUCAGGCGUACACGGCAACAGCCAACGUCACUGUACCCGUCCAGUACCCUCCCAGUCAAGAUCCUGUCAUAUCCGGUUACACGGACGGACAGACGCUCAAGCCCGGAGACUCAAUAUCCUGUAGUGUUGCUGGAGGUAACCCGCUCGUCUCCCAAGUUAUCUUCUCCUGCUAUAACUUGUCGGAUGUGACGUACGUGAGUCCCGUGGUGACGGACCAGCAGGACAACAAGACGCUGACCGCAGUGACCAGCUCCGUGACGGUCCCCUUUGCCGGGCUGACUGACGUCAGGUGUGUCUGCAGCGCCACCUGGUCACCCAGACCAUCGUUGUACACGAGGAACACAGGGGUCAGCAUCGCCCUGCAGUAUCCUCCAUAUGCGGCACCUGUGAUAUCAGGCUACAGAGCCGGGCGUGAGGUUGUCACAGGGGACAGCCUUGUGUGCACCGUGUCGGGGGGAAAACCCCUAGUCUCCAACGUCACCUUGACCUGCUCCAGUGUCACGACGCCCUCUGUGGUGCUGAUCAGUGACGGGCCGGACACCACAGGAGUCACGAAUGUCACCAGCUCUGUGACGAUUCCAGCAUCAGUGACGUCAGAUGUGACGUGCGUGUGUACAGCUGUGUGGGCGCCGCAACCUGGGUACUACCUGCUGCUCGACUCUGUCAACCUCACCGUCAAAUACCCUCCCAGUCAGGAUCCUGUCAUAGCCGGGUAUACCCCAGGACAGACCCUGACCUCCGGUGACCGCCUCAAUUGUAGUGUUGCGGGUGGCAACCCUCUGGUCUCUCAGGUUAUCUUUUCGUGUCCUAACAUCCUACCUGACCAACCAGACACGUCACAGUCCGCUGCAGUCUUCAGCUCGCUGACCAUUCCAUCGACAGCCAUGACAGACGCUGUGUGCACGUGUCGUGCUGAGUGGAGUCCUAAACCACAGCUGUACACGAGAAAUACAAGCAUAGUCAUCAGCACUAAUUAUCCUCCCAGCAUGCCUCCCGCAAUAACCGGCUACGGAGCAGGCUACACCGUAGUAACGGGAGACAACCUGACAUGCAGUGUCAAUGGCGGCAGGCCCUUAGUCUCAAGAGUUUUCUUUUCCUGCUUUAGUGUCAGUGAUGUCAUCAACGACCAGCCAGACGUCACACUUUCUACGUCAGUCACAAGUUCCGUCACCAUUCCUACGCAAAAUACAAAUGUUUUGACGUGCGCGUGUCGUGCUGACUGGUCCCCGAGGCUGGAGGCUUACCCCUGGAAUACUACAGUCAACAUACAAGUCUUAUAUCCUCCCAGCAGCUCGCCAGUGAUAUCAGGCUACACGGAGGGUCAGCCGAUGAACACGGGAGGGACCCUGUCUUGUGCUGUCACCGGCGGAAGUCCCCUCGUCUCCAGUGUUAUCUUCCAGUGCGUCGACUCGACUAACCCAGGGAGAGUGGUGUUCUCAGACCAGGCGGACACUGUGGUGCAGCCCACGGUGUACAGUCAGCUGACCGUCUCGGACACAACUGUGUACGCAGUCACCUGCUCGUGCCGGGCGGUGUGGACACCCAAGGAGGCUCUUUAUUCUCUGACAAAAUCUGCUCAGGUGAUCUUGCAAAAUCCCCCAUCGAGUGCACCUGUGAUAUCCGGGUACACCCCAGGCCAGCAGAUUGUUGUUGGCAGCAUCCUCACCUGCACCGUCACGGGAGGUAAUCCACUCGUGUCACAAGUUGUCUUUACCUGCUACAGUCCUGCCAACAUUGCUGUCAUGGCAGAUGAACCUGACACUUUUGGGCAGACCUCAGUGUCCAGCAGAGUUACCUUCCCUGAGACAGACUUCUUUAAUGUCACGUGUGUGUGUAGCGCCGUCUGGUCCCCGAGACCAGAAACAUACAGUCUGACCUCCAGCAUCAAUAUUCAGCUGCAGUAUAUCCCGCCAUACCCUCCGCAAAUCUCUGGCUACAGACAAGGGGAUGAACUCUCACCGGGAAACACUCUCCUUUGCUCCGUCAUCGGUGGGAAUCCCCUGGUUUCCGCGGUGACCUUCUCUUGUUUUAAUUCAAACGACACUGCUCAGUCCGUUACAAUCAUCCCAGAUCAGCACGACACCGUGACAAACUCAUCAGUGUCCAGCCCUCUGACCAUCAUCGACACCUCAUCGUCUUCCUUGAGAUGUACCUGCAGCGCCACCUGGUCUCCACGACCCCUCUGGUACCUCACGACUGCGAUCAUCACGUUCAACGUCAGGUCCAAAGCGAAAAUAUUGUCGUUCACCAUCAACAACGUGUCAGGAAAUGUAACUCUGAACGAAACGGACAAAAGAACGGCGACUCUGUCUUGCCUUGUUCAAGGCCGACCCCAGCCCACCAUCACACUCUACAAGACAGGAUACGCCAGCAUCUCGUCCAUCUCCACUACGGGGUCAGCGGGGUCAGCCGACAUCACUAACGUCCAAUGCGAGAACAUGGGAGAUUACUCUUGUAGGGCCGAAAACGGAUUUCCUGAAAUUGCUCAACAGACAGUAAAACUGAUCGUCAACUGUGCCCCCCGACGUGCAGACAGCUACUCCUCUGUCAUCCAAACUCUCACAAGCAGCGGCCUCACCUUCAACCUUUUGUCCAACCCAAAGCCGGACACCUUCUCGUACGCUUAUCUCGGAAGCAGCGGAAGUGACAAGGCGACUACGGGAAGUUACUCCGCGCUCUUCAAUGCUUCUUGCAGCAAGGCUACCGUGCUUGACCCGCUGGUCACGUGUCAGGUCAACGCUACAGGACAACCUGUGACCACCGGCGGCGUGUACAGUCUCCACGUGGCCAACGCCUAUGGAUCCUUUGAAUUUUUGUUCCGCGCAGAGCAGCAAGCUGCCAUAACGGAGGAUUCUAAUAAUAGAAGUGACACUCUUGCUGCUGCCAUCGCCGGUGGUGUCGUUGCUGCGGUUGUCCUAAUCUUCGUUAUUGUCAUCCUCACUGUGUUUUUCUGUAUGGGCAGAAAGCACAAAAAGAUGCACAUAUCGUCCCGCUCACGACUAACCGACGAUUCAAGACGCAAUGAGGCUUUCCUCAAUCGUCAUCAUUAUCCUGAUGCAUCUUCAGGUUUUUACGACUUCACAAACAGCGUCUACAUUGCUGACGGCGGCAUGGUAGAAACCCGGCCACCAAACGAUUCCCUCUAUUCCAGAGGAUCACAUCCAGCACACGGCUCUGUUUCCUCCAAGCGGUCUGCUCCAGCGAACGGUUCCGUGUCCUCCAAACGGGGCCUCCUAGUCAAUGGUUCCGUGUCCUCCAAACGGUCCCUCCCAGCCAACGGCUCCGUCUCCUCAAAACAGUCCCUCCCAGCCAACGGUUCUGUCUCGUCCAAAAAGACCACACCUACGAUGAGCAGCGAGUUCUUCGAGUACAAGGACAUCGCCGGUUUCCGCAAAAGCGAAUCAAAGGCCUUGCAGGAGUCAGGAUAUUCCACACUAAGCGGCGCUUCCGGCCAAGAACGAGCAUCCAGCUCCAGACCACCAAGCAUCGCCGAUGACUCUGACAAGCGUAGCAUCGCCUCGACAACGAACGGCAAAGUCCGAUUCAUCCUUCCCAGCGAGAAAGAGUCCUCCGAAGAACCUCUGUACGCCUCGGUCAACAAGAAACCUAAUGCAGGACCGACCUCGCAGAAUGCGGUGACUUCCGGGACCAGCACGAGCAAGACGGAGCCAGUGACGUCAUCGAAUAAUGGCGGCAAGGGUAGUGCUGGUCAGAACAACUCUGCUAACAGUUUCACUUCCAAUAGAGACUCGGCCAAGAGGCAGAGACUGCACGGGUCCAUCAUCAAAGUGGACCAGCCUGCUGUGAAAAAGAGCAACCUGAAGCAAUCAGGUAAUCCUCGUUGACGGAGGGAGAGGUCAGGUAGGAUGGCUUCUUGAAAUAAAGAAUAAGGUCAACUAAAGGCUGUGUGAAGUUUACCUUUCUGUGUAGAUGACAGACUCGAUGCAAAUGACAACAACACUGUCAUCAAGUGCCUUCGACAGAAAGGCCUUCAUGACAGCUUUCUUUACCGGAUAAUCUGUGAUAUACGAGCGUUCGUCAGAAGGCAAGCGUGAUGAGAUAUUAUUUAUUACCACCACUGUGAAACUCUUUUUGUUAUAAUAUUAGAAUAAAGAUUAUUUUAACUUUUUGCGGCAGAAUGCGUUGGAUCAUACAACAUCAACGACCUUUCUGGACGAAAGUUAUGUAGUAACAGCAUGCAAAAAUUAAGCACAUAUUAAUAACGAAUAUAUUCACAUCGCUUAUAUGAAUAGUUUAUGGCAAAUUAUUGGAUUGAUAUUUAAUAGGUUAUGUAAUAGAGAGAUGACUAACUGUUAACACAUUAUGUGAGAAAGUAAGUUUUCUUAGAGUUAAAGAAGCUGGAGGUGCAGAAUUAUGGAGGUGCAGAAUUAUGCUCAUGAUAUGAUACAGAUAUUGUGCUACAUGCCCUCCCUGCUGCAGUAUUACUGAGUGCCAACAAGGAACAGAAAAAGAAUAUGCCACCAUUUUUUUUAAUUGUGCCACAGACAAGUUUGAGCCAAACAUUUGGUGUUUAUUUGUACGAAAUCUGUUUUCAUUACUUUAAAAAAGGUAACUUUUUAUAAUUCCUUCAGUUUAUAUUAGUCUCUUAUAACAACUAUAUUUCUAUUACUGGUAUACCCAGAAGCUUUAAGAUUUAAAAACAUAGACUAUUCUAAAUAUUUUCUUUUGAAGAAACAGAGAAAAUGGAUGUUUGUUAUUUUAGAGAGAUGACAAUAUUUGAGGUGUUAUUUAUCAUUAUAUAUCAAACUGAUUAUAACAUGGGAAGUGUCCAAUGUGUUUGAAGAGUGAUGUGAUAACAUAAUUGAUGCUCUUACUCUUUGUGUCUGAGCUUUGGUUGAUUGUAUUGCUUUUUUUAAAAGUAUUGUUCAUACUUUCGCAUGUAUUGUGUACCCACUGAUUUGUUGCGAUAAGAAAAUAUUUGCUCCAAAAUUUACUUAAUUAAAUGAACAUUUUAAAUUUAUGUUAUUAAUAUAUCAUGAUCAAAAACAUCAUCAUUAAAAAUAAUUGU